AUGGAAAAGCCCAGUGCCGACUUCGUUGAGGACGCGGAGAACCAGCAGCUCGGCCAUAUCGCCAACCAGGAAGACCAUGAAUUGAAUAAAUGGCAGAGUCUGAAGAAGUAUCCCUGGACCUUCUUCUGGUGCGCCUACGCCGUCUGGUGUAUUCUGCUCGUCAGUUUCGAGAACCAGGCGUCCGGCAAUGUCACCGGUAUCCCGGAGUUCCGCAAGGACUUCGGCCAUUACUAUGACGGGAGCUGGGUGCUUGAGGCGAAAUGGCAGUCUGCUUUCAGCGGUGCUCCUGUCGCUUCCGCUGUCAUUGGCGCUCUCUGCUCGGGUCAGAUUGCUGAUGCCAUUGGGCGCAAGUUUACUAUUCUCAUUGCGCUGUUGAUCAGUUUUGCAGCUGUCACGCUGGAGUUUGUCGCGACUACUAAUGAGAUGUUCUUUGGCGGCAAGUUUCUCAAUGGCUUUGCCGUGGGUGCUUUGGCUUCGGUGCCUGUUACCUAUGUCGGCGAGAUCACUCCCCUCGCUCUUCGCGGUACCCUGACUUGCUUGACGGCCCUCGCCUAUGUCAUUGGUCCUCUCGUGGUCGCCCUCAUCACCAACUCGACCGGAACCUAUUCCAACCGCUGGGCCUACCGCGCCGUCUUCUGCGCCCAGUACGGUUUCGCAGCUAUCGCUCUCGCCGGCAUCAUGUUCAUGCCCGAGUCCCCCUGGUGGCUCAUCUCCAAGGGACACGAAGACAAGGCCCGCACCUCCCUCCGCAAGCUGGGCUACAGCGAAAGCGAGACCACCAAGAAAUUUGCCCUGAUUAAAACCACCCUCGAGGAAGUCCGCCACGAAACAGAGGGUGCCACUUAUCUGGAGUGUUUCCGCCGAUCUAAUCUCCGUCGUACCAUCAUCUCCAUCCUGCCGCUGAGUAUCCAGGCCUUCUCCGGCGUCGUCUUUGCGGCUGGUUACUCUACAUAUUAUAUGCAGCUGGCUGGAUAUAGUACCGCGAUGAGUUUCCGGCUCCAGAUUGUGCAGCAGAUUGCCUCGCUUGUCGGUAACGUCAUGUCAUACUUUGUCAUUGACCGCGUCGGCCGUCGCAACCUCAUGUUCUACGGUCUUGCUAUCCUCACUGCGAUCCUGAUGCUGACGGGUGGUCUGGCCGUUGUCGGAUCCCAAACUGGUAACCCCAAUGCCCCGGGUGCUAUCAAGGGUACCGUCGCUUUGAUUCUUAUCUACUGCUGGUGGUAUAACAUGACUAUCGGUGCAGCUGGGUAUACUAUCCUGGCUGAAGUGUCUACCUCCAGACUGCGUAUCAAGACUAUUGCCAUCGGUCUGGCGCUGCAAAAUGCUUUGUACACUAUGUGGUCGUUUGUCCUGCCUUAUCUUUUCAACCCGGAUGAGGCGAACCUUGGUGCCAAGGUUUCCUUCAUCUUUGGCGGACUUUGUGUAAUUUGCCUUGUUUAUCUCUGGUUCUUCCAGCCUGAGACUACCGGCAGGACGUAUGCCGAGCUUGAUGAGAUGUUCAUGAGGAAAGUGCCGGCGAGAAAGUUCAAGACCUACAAGACUGAUGCCGAGGCUAUGGGUGUGGCCGCGAAAGGGGCGGAUGAGAUCGAGGCUUAG